GGAUGGAUUGUCAUCACAUCUCUCUGGUUGAAUUCACCAUAAUCCAUCACUGUGCUCCAGCAAAACCAGAUUUCGGCCUUAGGACUUGAGUUUUAUGGUGUAAGCAUCGAUCCACAAUACUAAAUGUUUACAGAUGUCGAUCAAACACUCAUUUUGAGCCUUUUUAUUGGGAUUUAUUUUACAAAAAUGUGCUGUAUAAGUUAAUUAUCGAGUGGCUUUCAGCACAGAUCUGACUAAGCCUGGAAUCCUGACAAACUACCCCACCCACAAACAGUUUUUGUUCAAAGAAAGCUGGGCUGCUUCUUCCAGGCCAAUCAGAUCGAUUGGGCAGAUUUUUAUGUCAGAGGAGUAAUGGUGACACACUCAUAAACGUCAUCUGAGCUAAGUGGAAUUUACAACAAUAUAGCUCUGAUUAUGCGUAGCACUAUCUGAUUGAGUGCAGAGGUGGUUUUUUUUUUCUCUCGGUAUCAGCUGAAGCAAAUUGUUAGUGUGUUACCGGACGUAUAUUCUGAUAGGAAUAUCAGGCCACGAUGGGACAGAUCUGACUCAGAGCCAGCAAAGGUUAAUCUGUUUUUAGGGUUGCUCUAUAAAGGUUAGUGAUUAAAGAGGUAAAGAGACAAUUCACCAGCUGAUCGUUUUAUUACAAGACGAUUUCCUGGCAAAUACAAAAGCCUUUUAAAAACAUCAAGCUGCACAUCUACUUUCACCAUUCAUAUGUAGGACUGUGCUGUCUUUGUAAAAAACCUGUGAGUAAUUGUUGUUUCGGGCUCGUCUAGACGACGUGAAGCCGAGCAGAUAAUCCUAGAGGCCUCCCUUCUCUGCUCAAAGUGAGAGAAUUUCCUGCUUAAACUGUGUUGGCUGUAGUGUGGGGGUCUCGGACGCCGAUUUCCCGGCAAAAAGUCUUUCAGAAAUUCCCAGCACGUGCAGGAAGAGAAACCCUUCUCCAAAUAUGGGCAGCAGCUCAGAGCGGCUUCCUGUCCCAGUUCGAGCGUUGCCAUUCAUUUAAAAAAGGAUGCCUUCAGGUGCUGUCGAGAACUCGGGCUCAGCGGUUUAAACACGUUGAUAAAAAAAUAAAAAAAUAAAAAAAAAGCAGUUUUAAUGGCAAUAAUAACAUACUACCAGUCAAAGGUUUGGACACGCUGUCUCACUGAACUGAAAGUGAAGCUGUGUCCAAAGGCGUAUGUUUGACAAGUUAAACGAACGUACUGCGUAUGGAGGCAGCACCGCUCCCUUAUCCCAGCAGCCGAAGGGUUUAAAAUAAAGUGAAACCGAAAGAAGCCGCAGCAUCAUGUUGCAUCAUCGCUCGCCUGCUGACAAACCUCCUCGUUUCAAAAGCCCCAAGACACGCUGCCUGAGCGUUUCACUUCGCGGUACGCAUCCACAGCAUCAGGUCACCAAGCAACCACCAGACAGCCCGAGUUAGUCUGCACCACGGGGGAAUCUCGGCUGUAGUUUAUUUUACGGUCCCGGAUUGUUUUAGAGGUGAUUCCGCUUCUGAGUUUGAAUGGAAAGCCGGCGAGCUGCACAGAUGAUCCGAACCAGGUGAAGGCGGAAAAACCAGCCAGCAAGCCAGCCAACACUUGAGCCAGUCUCUGCUGCGAGAGGACAGAGACAUGUCCCCGUUAUUCAUGGACACAGGGUACGAUCCCAACAGCCCCGGAUCCCUGUCAGCCGAGGACUGCAACAGCAAUACAGCUGGAUCGGAGAGGGAGGGAGACGGGCCGCAGACGGGGCCCAGGGGGAAGAAGAGGCGCGAGAAGAACAGGGACGCGGCGAGGAAGAGCCGCAAGAAGCAAACGGAGAGAGCGGACGAGCUCCACGAGGAGCUCCAGCGCAUUGAGAGGUCCAACUCUGCUCUUCUGAAGACGAUCACCGAUUUGAAAAAGGAGGCGAAGGAGUACACGAACAUUCUGGAGCGACACGAGCCUUAUUGCCUCCUCAGAGCAUCGCCCGAAACCACCUCCACCUCCACCUCCACCUCGCCCACCUGCCUCUCAAAGGGCGGCUCCAGCUCUCCAAGAGUCCCUCCCCAGGCCUCGAGCGCCAUUUUAUCCACUCCGCUGCCUACCUCCUUAAGCUCGGGCAUGGGCCGCCAAGCUCUCGACUGUGUCGACAGGACUCGCCGCUCACCUUCAGCCUCCGCCUCAGCAUCCGUCGGCUUGAUAGACGAACUCUUCCCUUCCUCCUCCUCCUCCUCCUCCCCUUCCUCCACCACCAGCCCAGUGACUGCUCCUUAUUCGCUCUCUUUCUCCACGCACACGGCUCCUCACUCUUUGUUCUGCGACGACCCCCCGGCGAACGUCAGCCCCGUCUCCGCCGGCCUCCUUCCGAGCCGCGUGCCCUUCGCCCACUCUGGACACGAAGCCUCCGCGGCGCCCGUUCAGCCUUUCACGACGGACUCGUUUUUGACCAAACAAGCUCCUUUCCUAACAGCUUCGCCUCCUACUAACACUUUGCCACGCCGCUCCCCCUUAGAGACAGAAAGCCUAAGGGUGCAAGACGCCUCCGUAAGCCUGCCCCAGCUUCACCCGUAUCAGUUCAGCAGACACCUGAACACGCUGCCGUACUGCACUCCACCUCUUUCCGCUCAUUUUCCCCUACAGCCGAACUCUACUUCUCUGCUCUCCCUGCUCACCGUCCCCAGCCCGCCUAACAUCUCCCAAGCUACCUCCAGGUCUUUCCCCCAACCUCCUCCGCCUCCGAUCUUUGCGGAGUCAACAAAAGACCUUUCCCUCUCUGAGCUCCUGGAAAUCAAUGACUGGAUUCUAAGUAGCAACUCUACAGAAUAGGCCUUUAAUUGAUUGACUCACCUCUUGGACACUCGCUCAGCCUGAUACGGCGAAGGAGCUAAAGUUUUUUUCCAAAGAAACUAUUGUGUCAGGUUUCCAGUGAAAUGGCGUUUAUGGAGAACCUGACAUUGGGAAAUGAAACAUUGUUUCUCAGCUUUUUGCUUCUGAAGCGGGGGCGCCAGCUUUUUAACGUUGGGCAAUUCGUGAAAGUUGGUCAAAAUGGAAGCAGCAGAGAUGACAAUCAAAAGGUCCUAGCUUUGAAUGUGUAGCCUCCAACUGUAGUGAAAGCCAAACCUGUCUGACCUCACCAUCAUCAGAUUAUUUUUGGUCUGACAAAGCUCCUCCAGAGAAAUCGUUACGCGGCUAUUUGGAAAGGGUGGGCUGCAGUCUCCGUGGUGACUAAAUGUCGGCUUAUGCCUGACUUUGGAUUUUCCCUUUGAUGGUGCCAAGUCACACACACAACACAGUGCCUUCGCUUUCAGGGACGGCUGCUAAACCGGCUCCAGAUGACGAGCUACAACUCUGUAAAGCCAUCAAGCUUCUGAAUAAGUGAAAACCAAUCUAAAGGUGUCAUUAAUUCCUCACUUAAAGUAAUAUGACACUGCAUAACUGACUCAUCAUGCCCAGCUUUCAAUUUUAGACAUGGGUGGAGCGUUCACUUCCUCGCCGCUUCAUGGAAAUGCCAUUAGGAGAAAUAUCUAGCAAUGCCAAACAGCGACAAAGUUAACCAGCCCAGACCGACGACACAGCAGUCGCACACAUUUUCUGCUGCUAUUGAAUAUUUAUGGGUUUAAAUGUUUGAAUAAAGAAAGUUUUAAGUGUUUAGGAACGCAGUUAUUUCUGACCCAUCGAUAAAACUCUGACUAAAACUCAACAGCUCAACAACUGACUAGUUAUCUGUGAUCAUUCUGGAGCGCACAUUAGUUUGGUUCGACGCAUUACUUUACAAUAAAACGAGGUGCGCUGCAUCUGACAAUAAAAGCAUUAAGCGUCAGCCACACUCUUCAGAUGGAUCGGGGGGGGUGCUAAGAGGAGAAGAGCAAGGUGGGGAAAAGAAAUCCCAUCACGGCCCUUCACAGAUCUGUAAGUUAUUUAUUUUCAUAGAUUUCUAACAUUUAGUUUAACUAUUUUAGAUUUAGUUCCAAUUUUUAAGUCGCUUUAUUAGUUUUUUUUAUUUUUUUGGGCACGCAAUGGUGUCUUACCGUGCAGAGAAAACACAUACAGAUGCUACAUGUGCAAAUACAGCCAUGUCUAAAACUAAAGAAUAUCAUUUUUUUUUUUUUUUUUUGGAUUGUAACGAUGAUGUAAAGCUUUAUUAGAGUUGAUUUGGUUAGUUUUAGAAGCUAUUUUUACAUGUGGCAGUGGAGGAGGAUGUGUAAACAGCAAACAGAGGUGUCAUCAUUCAGGUCGACGAUGGUCCACUAACACCCCUUCGCUUCUGGGAAUUGAAAGUUAUGAUUAAUCAAAACGUACAGAUGUGCUCAUUUCAGUUGAGUCAGGUAAGGUGCUUUUUUUAGACUCCCCCUGCUCGUAGCUGAUUACACAAAGACAAAAAGUCUGUGGAGGAAGUACUCUUUAGAGGAACUGCUAUAAGGAAAUGGGUCGCACUCUGUAAAGCUUUCUCUUUUUCUUUAAUGCUUUAAGUGAUGAUUAACAUAGAUUGUUUGCUUCGCAUGACUAUGUAUACGGGCUACUAGUGUGUUUGUGCCUUUUGAGUUUUGGUUCAUAGUGUUUAUCCUCAGUUAAUAUAUUUCUUUGGUAAUAAAAUAUAUUUUAUCAUUUAAA